ACAUUGAUUCACGCAGAAACCAAGCUCCUUUGUUUGGCUUCACAAUGGCGUCCACACCCUCUCAAACUUCUAAAAAGGUCCGUAACAAUUCCGGUAGCGGCCAAACCGUCAAAUUUGCAAGACGAACAUCUAGCGGACGAUAUGUGAGUUUAUCUCGAGAUAAUAUUGAAUUAUCAGGCGAGCUCUCUGGGGAUUAUUCUAACUAUACGGUGCACAUACCUCCGACGCCGGACAAUCAGCCCAUGGCCACCAAAGCCGAAGAGCAAUACGUGUCCAAUUCUUUAUUUACUGGUGGUUUCAACAGUGUAACACGUGCACAUCUUAUGGACAAAGUCAUCGAUUCAGAUGUCACACACCCUCAGAUGGCUGGCGCUAAAGGCUCCUCGUGUGCCAUGCCUGCUUGCGACGGAAAAGUCAUGAAAGACGAGAGAGGAAAGGACGUGAUGCCAUGUGAAUGCCGGUUCAAGAUCUGUAGGGAUUGCUUCAUGGACGCCCAGAAAGAGACAGGUCUUUGUCCAGGAUGCAAGGAACAAUACAAAAUCGGGGACCUAGAUGACGAUACGCCUGACUUAUCUAGUGGUGCUCUCCCCUUACCAGCUCCAGGGAAAGAUCAACGUGGCAACAACAACAACAUGUCUAUGAUGAAGAGGAACCAAAACGGUGAAUUUGAUCACAACCGAUGGUUAUUCGAGACGCAAGGCACAUAUGGUUACGGUAAUGCGUAUUGGCCUCAAGACGAAAUGUAUGGCGAUGAUAUGGAUGAAGGAAUGAGAGGCGGCAUGGUGGAAACAGCCGACAAGCCAUGGCGGCCACUGAGCCGACGAAUCCCAAUCCCAGCCGCCAUCAUAAGUCCGUACAGAUUAUUAAUCGCCAUUCGUUUUGUCGUGCUAUGUUUUUUUCUAACUUGGAGGAUCCGAAAUCCUAACGAGGACGCGGUAUGGUUAUGGCUGAUGUCUAUAAUAUGCGAGCUUUGGUUUGGAUUUUCAUGGAUUCUAGACCAGAUCCCUAAGUUGUGUCCAAUAAACCGGUCCACUGACCUGGAAGUUCUUCGUGACAAAUUUGACAUGCCUUCUCCCUCCAACCCCACAGGGAGGUCUGAUCUUCCAGGUAUUGACCUUUUUGUGUCAACGGCAGAUCCAGAGAAAGAGCCACCCCUUGUCACCGCCAACACUAUUCUGUCCAUAUUGGCCGUUGAUUAUCCGGUGGAGAAGGUGUCAUGCUAUCUUUCGGAUGAUGGAGGAGCUCUUCUAUCCUUUGAAGCUAUGGCAGAAGCUGCUAGCUUUGCGGAUCUUUGGGUACCUUUUUGUCGCAAACAUAACAUUGAGCCCCGAAAUCCAGACACGUAUUUCAGUUUGAAGAUAGAUCCAACAAAAAAUAAGAGCAGAAUUGAUUUUGUCAAGGACAGAAGGAAGAUUAAGAGGGAGUAUGAUGAAUUCAAGGUUCGCAUCAACGGCCUCCCUGACUCAAUACGGAGGAGGUCAGAUGCUUUUAAUGCAAGGGAGGAAAUGAAAGCACUAAAACAGAUGAGGGAGAGCGGAGGUGAUCCAACAGAACCUGUUAAAGUCCCCAAAGCCACGUGGAUGGCCGAUGGCACCCACUGGCCAGGAACUUGGGCAGCCUCUACUCGAGAGCAUUCCAAAGGUGAUCAUGCUGGGAUUCUCCAGUUUCCGCAAAGAUUUGAAGGCAUCGAUCCUUCUGAUAGAUAUGCUAACAAUAACACUGUUUUCUUUGACGGUAAUAUGCGUGCUCUCGACGGUGUCCAGGGACCAGUUUAUGUUGGAACAGGUACUAUGUUUAGGCGCUUUGCUCUCUACGGUUUUGAUCCACCCAACCCUGACAAGCUUCUUGAGAAGAAGGAAUCAGAAACAGAGGCUCUAACCACCAGUGACUUUGACCCGGACCUUGAUGAGGAUAUGAUGGAUAAUGAAGUGCUCGACUUCGAUAUUGGUGUAGGAGUUAGUAGUGGGGGAGAUGUUGACGACGACGCUAUUGAUAUUGAGCACCAUGCUCUCGACGACGAUGAUAUGCUCGACAGCCCAAUUAUGCCUUGCGGUAAUGGUCUUGUUGGCAAUUCUGGAAAUUACUUUCCCAAUCAGGAGGAGCCUUGUGAUCUCCUCGAUCUCGAGCCUUUUGAUGGUCUUGAAUUCGAGUCCGAAGAAGCUGCCAAGGCUUUCUACAACUCCUAUGCCCGUCGCAUUGGCUUUAGUACCCGUGUCAGUUCCUCCCGCCGCUCCCGCCGUGAUGGAGCUAUCAUCCAGCGGCAAUUUGUCUGUGCCAAAGAAGGUUUCAGAAAUAUGAAUGAAAAGCGCACCAAGGACAGGGAGAUCAAGCGUCCCCGGACCAUCACUAGAGUCGGUUGCAAAGCCUCCCUCUCUGUUAAGAUGCAGGAUUCCGGUAAAUGGCUUGUCUCUGGCUUUGUCAAAGACCACAACCAUGAGCUUGUUCCUCCUGACCAAGUUCACUGUCUGCGUUCCCACAGGCAAAUCUCUGGCCCAGCCAAGACCUUGAUUGACACACUUCAAGCUGCAGGAAUGGGUCCCCGCAGAAUUAUGUCCGCCCUCAUCAAAGAGUAUGGUGGCAUCAGCAAGGUUGGUUUCACCGAAGUGGACUGUAGGAAUUAUAUGAGGAACAACCGCCAGAAGAGCAUAGAAGGAGAGAUUCAGCUUCUUCUUGACUACUUGAGGCAGAUGAAUGCUGACAACCCAAACUUCUUUUAUGCUGUUCAGGGAAGCGACAAUCAGUCUGUGGGUAAUGUCUUCUGGGCUGAUCCUAAAGCUAGAAUGGAUUUCACUUACUUUGGGGAUACUGUCACAUUUGAUACAACCUACAGGUCCAACAGGUACCGUUUGCCUUUCGCACCCUUCACUGGUGUAAAUCACCAUGGCCAACCCAUUCUUUUCGGCUGUGCCUUUAUCAUCAAUGAGACUGAGGCUUCAUUUCUAUGGCUUUUCAAUACGUGGCUAGCCGCAAUGUCCACCCACCCUCCUGUCUCAAUCACCACCGAUCAUGAUGCUGUUAUACGCGCAGCCAUCAUGCAGGUUUUUCCUGGUGCCCGCCAUCGCUUUUGCAAAUGGCAUAUUUUCAAGAAAUGUCAGGAGAAGUUGUCCCAUGUCUUCCUCAAGCACCCUUCUUUUGAGUCAGAUUUCCACAAAUGUGUCAAUAUGACAGAGUCGGUUGAGGAUUUUGAGUCAUGCUGGUUUUCACUUCUUGACAAGUAUGAGCUAAGAGAUCAUGAGUGGCUACAAGCAAUAUACUCCGAUCGCCGGCAGUGGGUCCCAGUAUAUUUCCGUGAUACCUUUUUUGCCGAAAUGUCCUUAACUCAGCGUAGUGACAGUAUCAAUUCAUAUUUUGAUGGUUAUAUAAACGCUUCAACCAAUCUAAGCCAGUUCUUUAAGCUGUAUGAAAAAGCUUUGGAGAGUCGUCUCGAGAAAGAAGUUAAAGCAGAUUAUGAUACAAUGAACUCACCUCCUGUUCUGAAGACUCCAUCUCCAAUGGAGAAGCAGGCGUCUGAACUUUACACAAGGAAGUUGUUUAUGAGAUUUCAGGAAGAACUAGUUGGAACCCUGACUUUCAUGGCAUCCAAAGCUGACGAUGAUGGGGAUCUUGUUACUUACCAGGUUGCGAAAUAUGGAGAGGCUCUCAAGGCUCAUUUUGUUAAGUUUAACGUUUUGGAGAUGAGAGCAAAUUGCAGUUGCCAGAUGUUUGAGUUCUCUGGCAUCAUUUGCAGACAUAUAUUGGCAGUCUUCCGGGUCACCAAUCUCCUUACACUUCCACCUUACUACAUCCUAAAAAGAUGGACCAGAAAUGCCAAAAGCAGUGUUAUAUUUGAUGAUUAUAAUUUGCAUGCGUAUGCUAAUUACCUGGAGUCUCAUACCGUCCGAUACAACACCUUACGCCACAAAGCUUCUAAUUUUGUGCAAGAAGCAGGAAAAUCUCUGUAUACUUGUGAUGUCGCAGUAGUUGCUUUGCAAGAAGCUGCCAAGACUGUGUCCCUGGCAAUGAAUAAGGAAGUUAGAAGAACUAUGGCGAACAGGCAUUUUAAAGCGAGUUCUGUAACUGAUGGAAAACGGAUGUGCUGCAAUGAGGACUGUCAGCAAGAAGUGCUGGUGCAACCUGAGCCCGAGGACGAAAUGGACAAGAAGAUUAAUCAGCUCAGAAACGAGCUGGAAUUAGCAAACAGGAAAUGCGAAGCUUACAGGACUAACCUACUUUCAGUUUUGAAAGAAAUGGAAGAGCAAAAGUUACAAGUGUCCAUCAAAGUGCAGAACAUCAAAAUUAGCUUGAAGGAUAAUCUGUGAAACAAGCAACAAUUUCCAACUGCUAUUCUCAUAUAUAAUUAUAUUGCUCAUGUACUAUAUCUUAGGGUUUUUGAAAGAGGGACCCAAUUUUCAGGAUUUCCCUGUUCUUACAGUAGGUAGCCUUUGUAAUAGAUUGUACUCCCAAUC